GCGUUCACGUUGAAUAAUGCAUGGGGCGCGCACCCCGGGGGCCGGACGCGAUCCCGUUGAAUGACGGAGGCGAACGCGGUGCCGCAGCGCCUGUGAGCGGCUGUCAGUGCGGAUCAGAUGGGAGCUGCACUGGGCGCUCUGCACCAUGACACUCGGUAACCUUUCGCCCUCCGUCAUCGCCGUUUCCAUCCCCGCCACUUUAUUCCGCCUGCGCCCGCUGGACAACUGAGAAGGCGCAGAUGUCCCAUUUGCUGCAUGUCGCGGCCGGGGUGAAAUGGACCAAGUCCAGGGCCACCCGGAGAGCCGUCUGCCUGCUCGUCGCCGCUUACGGUGUCAGGAGGUUGUAUCCGCUCCUCUAUCAGCAGCUCCACGGGAAACCGCAGCCUAAAACCCCGACACCCCGGCACACACGAAGCCACUGCCCUCCCAAGAAAUCUCCAGCUGUCGACGCCGAUUUUUGGCAGCAGCUCAUUGGUCUGGGGAAAAUCCUCUUCCCGAAGCUGGUCACCAAGGAGCUGGGCUUGCUCUGCCUGCACUCGGUGGCUUUGAUUUCCAGGACGUUCCUCUCCAUUUACGUGGCCGGGCUGGACGGGAAGAUCGUGAAGACAAUCGUCGAGAAGAAACCCAGGAGCUUUGUGCUGAAACUGGUCAAAUGGCUUCUGGUGGCCAUCCCGGCCACGUUUGUCAACAGCAUGAUCCGCUACCUGGAAUGCAAGCUGGCUCUGGCAUUUCGCACUCGGCUCGUAGAUCACGCAUAUCAAACCUACUUCACCGAUCAGACUUACUACAAGGUUAGCAACAUGGACGGGAGGUUGGAGAACCCGGACCAGUCGCUGACAGAAGAUAUCAUGAUGUUCGCUCAGUCUAUCGCACACUUGUAUUCCAACCUGACCAAACCCAUCUUGGACGUGAUGCUGACUUCCUACACCCUGAUCCAGACCGCGACUUCGCGAGGAGCAAACCCCACGGGACCCACGCUUUUAGCGGGGCUUGUCGUGUAUGCAACAGCCAGGGUGUUACGAGCCUUCUCUCCAAGGUUUGGUAAGCUGGUGGCCGAAGAAGCCCAGAGGAAGGGAUACUUGAGAUACAUCCAUUCACGUAUUAUAGCCAAUGCAGAAGAAAUUGCUUUUUACAGGGGACACAGGGUGGAAAUGAACCAGCUACAGAAAAGUUACAAGUCACUUGCUGCCCAGAUGAAUCUUAUUUUAUCCAAAAGACUUUGGUACAUUAUGUUGGAGCAGUUUCUAAUGAAGUAUGUGUGGAGUGGGAGUGGAUUAGUGAUGGUAGCAGUACCCAUCAUCACGGCAACAGGUUUUGCAGACAAUGGUAAUGAAGCAAAUUUUCAGCAAUCAAUUAAAAACUUGCAAGUAAGUUUGGUCAGUGAACGAACUGAAGCUUUUACCACAGCGCGCAAUCUGCUGGCUGCUGGAGCUGAUGCGAUUGAAAGAAUUAUGUCUUCAUACAAAGAGAUCACUGAAUUGGCAGGCUACACAGCUCGAGUGCACAACUUAUUUUCCGUUUUUGAUGAAGUUCAGAGGGGAAUAUAUAAGAGGUCCACAAUCAAUCAGGAAAUUGAAACUGACUGCAACAAAGUGACUAAACGUGGCUUACGCAUUGAAGGCCCCUUGGAACAAAAAGGACAAGUUAUCGAUGUUGAUGUGGGAAUUGUAUGUGAAAAUGUUCCAAUUAUUACCCCAAAUGGAGAGGUUGUUAUUUCUAGCUUAAACUUCAAGGUUGAUGAAGGCAUGCAUCUCCUUAUUACUGGUCCAAAUGGCUGUGGAAAAAGUUCUUUAUUCAGGAUAUUGAGUGGUCUGUGGCCUGUGUAUGGAGGGGUACUGUACAAACCACCUCCUCAGCACAUGUUCUAUAUUCCACAGAGGCCUUACAUGUCUGUUGGAACUUUAAGAGAUCAGGUUAUCUAUCCGGACUCAGUGGAAGACAUGAGCGAGAAAGAGUACACAGAUCUGGACCUGGAGCAUAUCCUAGACAUUGUUCACCUGAAUCAAAUAGUGCAGAGAGAGGGAGGAUGGGAUGCAGUUACCGAUUGGAAGGAUGUCCUAUCUGGGGGUGAGAAACAAAGAAUGGGCAUGGCACGAAUGUUUUAUCAUAAACCAAAAUAUGCAUUGCUAGAUGAAUGCACAAGUGCUGUAAGCAUUGAUGUUGAAGGCAAGAUAUUUCAAACAGCAAAGGAUUCUGGGAUCUCAUUGCUUUCCAUUACUCACAGGCCAUCUCUGUGGAAAUACCACACACACUUGUUACAGUUUGAUGGGGAGGGUGGUUGGCGAUUUGAACAAUUGGACACUGCUACUCGACUUUCACUGUCUGAAGAAAAGCAGAGACUUGAGUCUCAACUGGCUGGAGUCCCUCAAAUGCAACAACGACUGAAUGAACUGUGCAGGGUUUUGGGAGAAGACUCUGUGCUAAGAACCACUGGAAUUGAAGAGUAACGAAACUGAUGAUGAAUGUGAAUAACAUGGCAAGAAGAUCUACAAAGGAAUUGCAUGAGACAAACAAAAUAAAUAAAAAAAUAAAUUCCUAUUUAUUAAGAUCAUUAACUAGCUUCUUCUAGAAUGAUAAAAUUUAAUUUUUACAUAAAUCAUCUUAUCAUUCCUUUAGAAUACAGUGAAAUUGUGUUAACUUUUUUUUACAGGUUUACAUUAGUGAAAGAUUAGCAUUUAGACAUUAUUUUGAAAGCAUUUUCAAAAAAUAUUAUGGAUAUUAAGAGGAAACUAGAAUUUACACUUUGCAAGGAAUUGGUUCCUAUUCUUUAAAUGUAAUUAAAGGCUCUGCCCAAAUUGAAAAGUUGAAAGAGCCUUAUUUUGUUUUAAUAAAAAUGUCUCAACAGGCAUCAUCUAGUACAGCGAGUGGCCAGCCUAGAUUUUGACAAGGAUGAUGCCGCACCAUCAUCAUCUUCAGCACUUUGCCCAGGAAGUUCCUUUGCAACAACCACAAACAGUAUUUUAUUUUAAUUAUAAGAACCCAUUGUUUGAGAAGUGGGUGGAUAGGGAGCAGUUCUUAAAUAUACCCUUUUUUAAAAAAUGGAAUAGGAAUGGAUCUCAACACUGUAAGAUCUAGAGUUCUAACCAUGCUUUAGCAGGAAAUGUUAAUUCCAUAUUUGCUACUACUACAGAACUCCAUUAAACACUAUUUCUGCAUUUCUUGCAGCUCCCAAUUACUAAUUAUUGCUUACUGAUUCUGGUUUUUCAAGAUAAUGACUGUUUACCUUAGAUAUCAAUAAGUACUACAGUAUCAGUUUAUAUAAAAUGUAGACCUUUUGCUACAACAAAGGAAGUAUUAUUUGUAUUUAUUGUAUCUGCAUUUUACCACUGAAUAGUCUAAUAACAAGUUCUAAAAAAAAACCUGAGUUCACUUUGGUCCUUUUGAAAGCUAUCAUGGAUAGGCUAGAACCUAUUCAGAUCAGAGUCCAAGUUCUUCUGGACAGAAUUUGUUUUCUUUAUGUAUUUGGUAUUCUUCACACUGGGAUACCAAGUUUUUGUGUUGUUUACUGUUUUAAAUUGUUGGAGAAUGGAGCCACUGACCCUAUUUCACAUCAUUUAUUCCUUUCCCUUCCCAUCAGGAUGGUGUGGACCAUGAAUUAAAAUGACAACAGGAGGUAUGCUUCUCUGGUGCCAGACUGGUCCAGUUUCCAUUGCGCAAAGUGUUUCAUCUUGAGUAUGUAGAACCUGUGCACUGAGGAAAGUUAUAACUCAACUGACACUCAAAGCCAGUAUUGUAAGCUUGUAAACUUGUAAGCUAUAAAUGGCAGCCAGAAAUUUACUGCCAGAACUCCUGAGUGUCCUUUCUAUUUGUUUUUAGAUUUAACAAAAAGAUGUUAAGUUUGAAAUUGUAUUUUUAUUAAUUGUAUUAAAUUGUCAUUGGUCCAUUAUGAUUUCUUAGUGUUUUGUGUAACUAAGAUUGACUUCUAAAUAAACUGGUAAUUUAUAUAUCCAUGAUAAAGUUUGCUUCAAUGUAAGAAAAAGGAAAUGGAACGUUUGUAUACUUGGGACAGAAAUUGCCAGUAAUAUUCUGUCUUUGAUUGCAUGAUUGUAUGCUGUAAAAUAUUGGUUUACAUAAAGUAUUGUGCUAGUCUAACUAAUCAUACUACAGUACCUCAACCCCAACUUCAUAUUCUAAAAUCUCUUUUGCAUGAUGCAUGUAAUCUUACAGUAAUUAACUCUGAUCAUGCAUUUCUGUGAAAAUAUUAUGGUGUUGUAGCUCCAACAACAAAAUCUUCAUAUGGCCAGAUCAGGAUAUGAGAGAGAUAAAAAAAAAAGCAUGUACAUAGGAAACAAGCAAGGCCGUUUCUUCCUGUAAUGUUUUGAAAGAGCUUUAUAAUUACAAAUUCAUUGCAUUUUAUAUCAUGACAGAAAAAAAGUAAAAGAAAUUAUGGGUAGAAAUUCAUUUCUGGCGGUGCUGCAAAAUGGACAGAUGUAAGCAGCAUUUGAUAUUAAUUUCCAAAUUGCAAUCAAUGAAACUGAAUAUCAGCUUCUGCUUUUAACGGAUGGCUGAACCAAUACUGCUUGUUUUGCAUCAGUACCUGAGUCAAAUUUUUACCCCUAUCUGUUUUGCAUGUCUAUAAUUUUUGAGAUGGUAAUUCUGGUAUAAUUGAUAAAUACCAAGUUGCAAGUUUGGAAAUUGUAGACCAAAACUUAAUAUUUUUGUUCUUAUACAGAGAAGCUAUAUAUUUGAUCAAGGCUCACUUCCUGUUGACAGAUAUUGGCAAGCUAUGAUGAUAGUAGAUGAGGUGAUGCACAUUUGUAGCUUAAAAAAUAAGAGUUACCUAAAACAUCUCAAAUGCAGUAUGUUGUUGCUGCCAGCUAAUAUUUGCCAGUUUCCUUUGAAUUUUUAGAACUAGUAAGAGAAUUGGAUAAAUAUGCAGAAAUGUAUUACGAAAGUGCAGCAGAGAGUAUUUAAUAUGUCACACAGUUUACUAACAGAGGCAAUAUAUGUAAAUGAUGCCAAAUUUCAGUAUACUUGAAAUACCACUAUAUUCAACUUUCAUUUUGUACUGUUUGGGAUAAAUACUUUAAUCUGACUUGUAGAUAUCUUCAGGAGGAAUAUCUUGACCAGUCCAAACAGUGCAGAGAGCAAAUCACAUAAUCUAAAAUGAAUCAAAAAUUUACCUCAAAUGAAUUUGAACUCUGCUUUGACAUUUAAAUUGCUGUUUUAUUUAAUCUGUAAGUAAAUGCACCAUGUAUAUUGUAUUUUGGAGAACAUAAUAGAUUUAUUGUUAUUACAAUAAUUAAAAUUUCUGAUUUACCAUUA